AUGGGUCCACUCACCUCGCCAUCCGGGUGUGAUCGCUGCCAUCAGCUAAGCCAAACCAUCCUCUGCAACCGCCGCACCAUCGCUGAGCUGGAGGGACGCAUAUCCGACCUCCACCAACUCCGGGUUGAGGAAGAGUUUAUGGAGUCGCUGGUGGUCACCGUGGGAGCCGAUGCUGCUACACCUGCAGAAGCCGAGCUGGACACCACCAUCCCGAUGCCCCCUCAACUCGAUAUCCCCAUCCCAACCACUGCUCCACCCGUCCUAGCCGAAGCCGAGCCCCAGUCCACCAUCCAGGUAGCCCAGCCUCCCUCCGGGGGUACCGAAGCCCGCUGGCUACAAGAGGGAGCGAAACCCAAGAAAAAGUCGGCAGUUUUCGCCUGCUUUACCCCCAACCCUAACAUCCGCAGCUCAACUCCUGGUCACGGUCCCUGGAUCCCAGUUAAAAAUAAAAACAGAAGAAAUAAGUCGUCCCCAUGUUCACCUGCUCCUGCAGAUUCUUCAGAGGAUAUUCCGCUCACAAACCGGUUUAGUUCUCUGGAAGAACAGGACUUCCCUCCGUUUCCCCCUCCGCUGAUGCAGCUACGAGUUUCACCUCCACCGCUGCUCAAACCACACAGCUAUCGGCGCCGACAGUCACAACGCCCCCGAGCCACCACCGAGAGCUUUCCUGGUCGAGCUGUCCAUCGCCAGCCGAAGCGCGCUCCUCCUGCCCGUCGCGACUCGGAACUACCGCUCCACCGCUGGGUCGCUCCUAGUGAGUCUGGGUUGCCUGCUGAAUCGGGUUCCGAUGAGAAGUGUGCCAGCAGCUCCCCUGUUCUUUUAGUCGGGUCCUCUAUGGUUCGUGAUGUGCGAAUCAACAUGUGCUACACAUCCUGUCACCCAGAGGGACUUCUGGGAGAUGGUGGCCGCCUCGGGUGUAACGGGAAUGACGUGACCCGUGACGGUGUCGGCACGCAGCUGGGGAACUGGUCUUAUAAUGCUGUUGGAGGAGGUUACGGCGAGGAGGAGGAGGCGAGGCUUUACGGGCCUCAGUGUCCGUCGGAGCCCAACGCGACGGCGGCGGAGAAGAACUGGGCGGCGCUGCUGAUUUUAGUCGUCAUCGCCGUCACGGUGACGGGCAACAUCCUGGUGAUUCUGGCGGUUUCCCUGGAGAAGAAGCUCCAGAACGCCACAAACUACUUCCUGAUGUCGCUGGCUGUUGCCGACAUGCUGCUCGGCAUCCUGGUCAUGCCGGUUUCCAUGGUGACAAUUCUCUACGACUACGGGUGGCCGCUGCCCCCUGACCUUUGUCCCAUCUGGAUCUACCUGGACGUCCUGUUCUCCACAGCGUCCAUCAUGCACCUGUGCGCCAUCUCCCUGGACCGCUACAUCGCCAUCCGCAACCCCAUCCACCACAGCCGCUUCAACUCGCACACCAAGGCCCGCAUCAAGAUCAUGGCCGUCUGGACUAUCUCUGUGGGAAUCUCCAUGCCGAUCCCAGUCCUGGGCCUCAGAGAUCACUCCAAGGUCUUCAAAGAUGGCAGCUGCCUGCUGACGGACGACAGCUUCGUGCUGGUCGGCUCCUUCGUGGCCUUCUUCAUCCCCUUAACCAUCAUGGUGGUCACCUACUUCCUGACCAUCAACGCCCUGCAGAACGAAGCCACCAUGUGCUUGGACCAGCUGGUGCCGCGGCCCAAAUGGAGCACGACUUUCACCCUGGGCUUCUUGCCGCAGGCCUCGCUCUCCUCAGAGAAGCUCUUCAGACGCUCGAUCAGCCGCGAGGCCGGCGGGCGGGGCAGCGGCGGGGGGCUGGGCGGCCGCGGCAGCGUGUCGGGCUCGCUGUUCGGCCGGCGCACCAUGCAGUCCAUCAGCAACGAGCAGAAAGCCUCCAAAGUCCUCGGCGUGGUCUUCUUCCUCUUCGUGGUCAUGUGGUGCCCGUUCUUCAUCACCAACGUGCUGGCGGUGGUGUGCGACCCGGCGGCCUGCGACCCGGCGCUCAUGGGAGGCCUGCUGAACGUUUUCGUCUGGGUCGGCUACCUGUCGUCCGCCGUCAACCCGCUCGUCUACACGCUGUUCAACAAGACGUACCGCGCCGCGUUCUCGCGCUACGUCCGCUGCCGGUACCAGCCGGUGAAGAAGCCUCUCCAGCUCAUACUGGUGAACACCAUCCCGCCUCUCGCCUACACCUCCACGCAGCUGCCCCUGGGCGACGUGGGGGACCUGCGGAACGGGUCGGCGCACCCCAGCGGCGGGGCGAAGGACUUCUCUUUACCCGGGGCGGAGACGGAUCAGCGCCAGCCGGACAAAAGCCCAGGACACACAGACAAGGACGAGAGCUGUGUGUGAGCGGAGUAAAAGCCUUCACUUCAGAUGAGACGUUAGCAGUCACACUGCACAUCGAAGC